AAACCCAACUCAUGAAAACCCCAACUGCAAAUUAACAGAAAGACCAACCACCUGAAAACCAUGCUCAGCUGCAGCAGCCACAGCAGCAGAGCGACACUCUCUGCUUUUUCCCACUUUCUCCCCACAACUUCCCCUUAUUUCAAUUUCUCAUCCCUCUCCCCCAAAACCUUUUCACCCACGCCCCUGAAUUUCGGAUGGCGCGCCGCCACCGCUCCUAAGCCCAGAAUGGCCUCCACUUUCCCCGCCAGAGCCUCCGCCCAGCCCCUCCAGAACGCCGAUGAGCUCAUCGACUCCGUCGAGACCUUUAUCUUCGACUGUGACGGAGUCAUAUGGAAAGGGGAUAGUCUGAUAGAUGGAGUCCCAGAAACUCUUGAUAUGCUUCGGUCAAGGGGAAAGAGGUUAGUUUUUGUUACGAACAACUCAACAAAGUCCAGGAAACAGUAUGGGAAAAAAUUUGAGACACUUGGUCUUAGUGUCAGUGAGGAGGAAAUUUUCGCAUCAUCUUUUGCUGCUGCUGCUUAUCUGAAAUCAAUUAAUUUCCCAAAAGAUAAAAAGGUUUAUGUGAUCGGUGAGGAUGGCAUUCUGAAGGAGCUUGAGCUUGCUGGAUUUGAGUACCUUGGAGGACCGGAAGAUGGUGGAAAAAAGAUAGAGCUAAAGCCUGGGUUUCUGAUGGAGCAUGAUGAGAAUGUUGGUGCUGUUGUGGUCGGGUUUGAUCGUUAUUUCAACUACUAUAAAAUUCAGUAUGGAACACUCUGCAUACGUGAAAACCCUGGGUGUCUUUUCAUUGCUACAAAUCGUGAUGCUGUCACUCAUCUUACAGAUGCUCAAGAAUGGGCAGGUGGUGGUUCUAUGGUUGGUGCCCUUGCUGGAUCUACUCAACGUGAGCCCCUGGUUGUGGGAAAGCCCUCAACUUUUAUGAUGGACUACCUAGCAAAUAAGUUUGGCAUUCUCAAGUCACAAAUUUGCAUGGUUGGGGAUAGAUUGGACACUGAUAUUUUGUUUGGACAAAAUGGGGGUUGCAAAACACUACUCGUUCUCUCAGGUGUUACCUCAUUGUCAAUGCUUCAAAGCCCCAACAACUCCAUACAACCAGAUUUUUACACCAGCAAGAUCUCAGAUUUUCUCUCCCUCAAAGCUGCAACUGUAUAAACAGUCGACCAUGUCAACAUUUUUAUAAUAUCGUCCCUAGGGACCGUCUAUAAUUUGUAUCUCAUCCAAUAUAACUGCAUACGUAUAAAACCCCAUUCAAAUGUCCAUGUAUUUUUUUAUUGACAAUGUCAUAAGAAGAACAUGAAAAAAAUGGCAGGCAGAUGUAUGCAUUAGCUUCUGAAACUCAAGAAGAAAUAUAUGAUAUAUCCCACACA